CACUCCCGAAACUGUGCGUUGGCCACUGGUUGGAACGGCAGAAAGGUCCCAGGUAUCGGUCUGAAGCGAAAGGUAAUCCACGUUCAAUCGCGAUUGUGUUCGGUCUGCCUAGUUUGUCGUAAAUAUUAUUGCCGUGAAGCAGUGGUUUCAUAAGAAGUCAGUCAAAUCGUUUGUUACCAUGAAAAAGUUCUUCGUUCUGCUGCUGCUGGUACUUCCAGCCGUGCUGUUAACCGUAAAUACCGGAUCCAGUCCCUUUGCCUUCGCUACGGAAGAUGAGUUGGACGAGGAGCUAGUCGAUGUGGAAACGGAAGAUGCGGCUGUCGUUGCGGAUGAAACGGAACCGGAGGAUGAGCCCGAGACCACCAAGUCCCCGGAUGCUGAUACGUUCCUGCUCUUCACCAGACCUCUGCACGCCGUCGGUUCGCAACUCGAGCUGCCCGCUGGCUAUCCGGUAGAGUUCUUGGUUGGCUUCACGAACAAGGGUCAGUUCGAGGACUUUGUCGUCGAAUCGGUCGAGGCAUCGUUCCGCUACUCGAUGGACUUCAACUACUUCAUCCAGAACUUCUCGGCUGUGGCGUACAACCGCGAAGUGAAGCCCGGCCAUGAGGCUACGGUUUCGUACUCUUUCCUGCCUUCCGAGUCUUUUGCCGGACGCCCGUUCGGUUUGAACAUUGCGCUGAACUAUCGCGACGGCCGUGGCAACCAGUUUAGCGAGGCAGUGUUCAACGAAACCGUCCAGAUCACCGAAAUCGACGAGGGACUCGACGGUGAAACGUUCUUCCUGUACGUGUUCCUGGCCGCCAUUGUUAUUCUGCUGCUCGUGCUCGGCCAACAGUUCCUGGGAUCGUACGGCAAGCGAAAACGCCCAACGACCACUGCUCGCAAGGUCGUCGAAACUGGCACCACCAGCACGAAGGACGUCGACUACGAAUGGAUUCCGUCGGAAACUUUGAAACAAAUUCAAAACUCACCCAAGAGUGGCAAGGCUUCGCCGAAACAAAGCCCCCGGCAGCGAAAGGCGAAACAGGGUCUCCAGGGGGGCAACUAACCUCAUCCUUCCUGACACGAUCCGGUGCAUUGAUGCCGAUGCACUGCAUCACAGAACUCAUCCCUCCUCCAAACCAAUAGAUGUAUCUCGAUUCCCUUUGGUUCAUUUCCUUCGGUGAUGCUGCAUCCAUCACAUUCAUUCCUCCACCCCUCCUCCUCAUCCUAAUGCUCCAAAGCUCGGUAACUUAGCUUAAUCCCAUCUCGUGAGACUGUAACUAAAAUGAGCAUGAUGGUGAAGACAAAAUGCGGAGGAAAACAAACUGCGGACUUCGCUGGGGCAGCGAUUUAAAUGGCAUGAAAGCUUCCAGGGUAGCUUCGCGGAUCACACUUUAGCAAAAAACAAAGGCACAAAUUGUUCAUACACCUGGUCGGAAAACAGUUCGUAAACAUCCCCGGGCAUUCUUGCUUGUGGUUUGUGGCCUGGAUGGAUUAGUAUGAUUAGGCCUCAUUUUUCUUCGUUUCAUUGAAAAACACCAUUUGAUGGAACCGAUCGAGGCAGUGCGAAUACGAGGUUAACUGGUUGAAAGAUUUACUCAGUGGAGUUAUUGGUAGGAUUGAUUUUCUUUUUUUGUCCGUAGUUGAACUGUUUUACUAAUUUAAAGAGAAAUGGAAACAAGAAAUGAAAAACAA